CACCCCUCCCUCGCCUGUCGCCUCACCCUAGGAUUCGCCCGCCCAGCCACGCCGCCGCCAUGAUGCCGCAGCAGCAGCCCGGCGUCGCCCCUCCUCCCCCGCAGUCCGCCCCGGGCGCGCCGCCGCACUGGGGCGGCAUCCCGCCGCCGAUGCCCCCGCAGCACCAGUACGCGCCGCCGCCGCCGCCGCAGCAGGCCCCGCCCCCGCCGCAGAUGUGGGGCCAGGCGCCCCCGCCGCCGCAUCAGGCACCGUACGGCCAGGCGCCUCCCCCGCCGCACCAGGCCGCGUACGGCCAGGCGCCUCCCCCGCCGCAGGCCGGCUACUACGGGGCGCCACCCGCGCCGGCCCCCGUGGCGGCCGCGGCCGCCGGGCCCAACGAGGUCAGGACGCUCUGGAUCGGGGACCUGCAGUACUGGAUGGACGAGAACUACAUCUACGGGUGCUUCGCGGCCACGGGGGAGGUACAAUCUGUGAAGCUUAUCCGUGACAAGCAUACUGGACAGCUUCAGGGCUAUGGUUUUGUUGAAUUCAUGACCCGUGCCACCGCUGAAAAAGUUCUUCAGACUUACAAUGGGACAAUGAUGCCCAAUGUUGAGUUGCCAUUCCGAUUGAAUUGGGCCAGUGCUGGUGAAAAACGUGAUGACUCCCCUGAUUACACAAUUUUUGUUGGUGACUUGGCUGCUGAUGUUACGGAUUACAUAUUACAAGAGACAUUCAGGGUGCAUUAUCCUUCGGUCAAGGGUGCAAAGGUUGUCACGGACAAACUAACUAUGCGUCCAAAGGGUUAUGGCUUUGUGAAAUUCGGUGAUCCUAAUGAGCAAGCUCGUGCAAUGACUGAAAUGAAUGGGAUGCUCUGUUCUUCAAGACCCAUGCGUAUUGGACCAGCUGCUAAUAAGAAAGCCACAGGAGUUCAAGAAAAAGUACCAAGCGCCCAGGGAGUUCAGUCUGACAGUGAUCCUAACAAUACCACUAUUUUUGUUGGUGGCCUUGACCCCAAUGUCACUGAAGAUGUGUUGAAACAAGUUUUCGCCCCUUAUGGGGAAGUGGUCCAUGUCAAGAUCCCUGUUGGCAAAAGAUGUGGUUUUGUUCAAUAUGCUAACAGAUCUUCUGCCGAGGAGGCAUUGGUAAUUCUGCAAGGUACCUUGAUUGGAGGGCAGAAUGUGAGGCUCUCUUGGGGUCGCAGCCCUUCAAACAAACAAGUUCAGCCUCAACAGGAUCCCAACCAGUGGGCUGCUGGGGCUAAUGCAGCAGGAUACUAUGGUUAUGGGCAAGGCUACGAGGCCUAUGGGUAUCCUCAAUCUCAGGACCCUAAUGCGUUUGGUUAUGGAGCUGGAGCAUAUGCUGGCUAUCCAAAUUACCAACAGCAACCAGUGGCGCAGCAGCCACAGCAGCAACAGUGAGAUCCAAUGGCUCUGCCUUACCAUUUCAGGUGCUGUGAUUGGUGCGAGGGGAUGUGCUGAGUUGUAAGAUAUAGAGCGUUUGAUGCAUGCCUUGGUUAAGGCCAUACGAACAUGAUUUGUAGCACUAGAGUUUUAGCACCUUGUAUGGUGCACUGCGGUUCUAUUCCAUGAUCGAGUAACUGGUAGGAAAAACAAUCUGUUGCGUGUCGCCGUAUGUUUUACUAUCGUUAAUUUACCUUUGCUAGCUCUUGUCAUCGCAUUAUUACUGUACUGUAAUCAAGAUUCGCACGGAUGCUUCUGGUUUUUAUGUUUGUUGCCAACUGUUGCCUUU